AUGAAUGUGUUUAAUGCUUUUCUUCAUGGGGAUCUUAAUGAUGAAAUUUAUAUGCACCUUCCUCAGGAAUUUGUCAGUCAAGGGGAGAAGGUCCACAGAAGGGAUACUAAUGCAUCAAAGGAAAUAUGCCUUGAGCUUAUAACAGAAGUUGGAAUAGGAGCAGCUAAACCAGUAGGAACACCUAUAGAUGUUAAUGUCAAACUAACAUCAAGGGAGUAUGAUCAACAUGUGAAGAAAAGGCAAGAAACAACGGAUGAUCCCUUGAUAGAUCAAGUCAACUAUCAAAAACUUAUAGGGAAACUCUUAUAUCUCAAUAUGACAAGACCAGAUAUUGCUUUUAACACUCAGACAUUAAGUCAGUUCCUGAGCCAACCAAAAAAAUUCCAUAUGGAAGCUGUACUAAGAGUGGCUUCUUGUCCACUCAGCAGGAAAUCUGUAACAGGGUACAUGAUUAUGAUUGGAAAGUCCUUGGUUUCAUGGAAAGCCAAGAAGCAAACCACAGUAUCAAAGAGUUCAGCUGAGGCUGAGUAUAGGAGCAUAUCCUCCAAUGUGUCAGAGUUGGUGUGGUAG